CAAAGUGUCAAGAAGUCCUUCAUUGCUUUCAUAAGUGAAUAAAAAUGAGAAAACUGAACGUAUUGUUAUUAAAUAUCAGGAGCUAGAAGAUAUGAUGUGACACAGAGGCCUAUUUCUCUUAUCCACUCUUCAACAUGGGAAAGACAAGAGAACACACCAUUCAAGUAACGCAGAUGUGUGUCGACCUUCAUAAGUCAGGCAAUGGCUCCAGGAAAAUAGCCUCUCGCCUACACCUGCCCAUAUCUACAGUCAGAGGAAUCAUCAAGAAGUUUAAAACAACUGGAACAGUGGUGAACAAGCCUGGACGAGGAUGCAAGUUUAUCUUGCCACCACGCACAGUGAGGAGGAUGAAUAAAAAGACUGGUGAACAACACAACGCAACAUCUGUUACUCUGGUGCCGUGACGGUCUUCUUGUGCAUGCUGUUCGUCGAGGUGGAACUUGGAGAAUACCGACGCUGUUGCAGCUGACAAGAAUCGCCGGGGUUGCUUCCAUGUGAUGUGAUAAAUAUGGCACGAAGAUUGCGACCUCUGUUUUGGCGCUCGGAUUGGAUGUGUCCGGGUAAACAGGCAGGUGAGAUACAAGUGCACAGGGUUCACAGCAGCAACAACCAGAAUCUCCAACAGUCACAGCAAGCUUCACUCUAUAUCCAUUGGCCGUACUGCUUAAAGCGAUGUUCUUACUGCAACUUUAACAAGUACAUCUCUCGCUCGGUGGAUGAUGAGGCAAUGACAGAGUGCCUUCAGCAGGAGACUCAGGCACUGCUGGAGCUCGGACAUAUUUCUCAGAUCAACUCGGUGUUUUUCGGCGGAGGAACCCCCAGCUUGGCCCGAGCCUCCACCGUAGCCGCCAUCCUCGAGACCGUCUCUGCACAUGCACGGCUCUGUGAACACGCCGAGGUCACACUUGAGGUGAAUCCUGCGCCUGCAGGAAGAACCGCCCUCCGAGACUUCGUGUCUGCCGGAGUCAAUCGCUUUUCUGUUGGGGUGCAGUCUCUGAAUGAGGCCAGUCUGAAGGUUCUCGGGAGGGACCACGACCCACAGCAGGCUCUGCAGACGCUGGCGGAGGCUCGGACCCUCUGCCCCGGACGCGUGUCGGUCGAUGUCAUGUUCGGAAUUCCAGGUCAGAGUGCGGCAUCGUGGGAGAGCGAGCUGGAGGAGGUUCUGCGUGUGUGUGAUGAUCACGUGUCUCUGUACCAGCUGACGCUGGAGAGAGGAACUCACCUGUACAAGCAGGUACAGCAGGGAGAACUCAGCAUGCCUGCUGAUGAUGUCACUGCCUCCAUGUACAAAUCCGCUCGGAUGGUUCUGGAACAGGCUGGGUUCCUGCAGUACGAGGUAUCCAACUUCGCCAAACAUAAUGCUGUAAGCGCACACAACCUGGGCUACUGGAGAGCGCAGCCGUAUGUAGGAGUCGGACCCGGAGCUCAUGGCCGAUUUGUUCCUCGAGCGCUGGGCGCGGUUCAGCGGGAGGCGCGCACUCAGACGUUAGAGCCGGAUGUUUGGAUGAGAGAAGUUCGGCAGCACGGACACGCGACACGCAGACGCAUACAGCUCAGCCAGCUCGGCCUGUUGGAAGAGGUGUUGGUCAUGGGGCUCCGAAUGACUGAAGGAAUUUCCCACCAGCACUGGGCAGCGUUCAGCCCUGACAUGGACCUCCACCAGGUUCUCGACGCCUCAACAGAUGUUCAGGACCUUCAACAGAGAGGAGUUCUAAUCCUUGAUGACAGGGGACUGCGCUGUUCCUGGGAGGGUUUAGCGUUAUUGGACAGUAUUUUGCCCAUUUUGCUGCUGGAGUUGGACAUGUUCUUCCACAUACACAGACUUUCAGAUGGACAAAGAGAGACGUGAGAGUUGACAAAUUUUCUACAGCUGAUUCUUGAGUAACAUGGGUACGAAGACGCAGAAGCACUGCUUUACAUCAAGGCUGUUCAUGCUGGACUGAAAGGCCAAAUAAGCACACAUUAUUUUUUUUAAUAUACAGUGUCUUCCACAAUAAUUGGCACCCCUUG